GCUCAGCUGCAUACCCCGCUGUGUACCGCCUUCCUGACCGCAACCGGCCCUGUCGAAAAGAGAGAGGUGAUUGUCAUCGGGGCCGUCCUGUGUACCAUCUGGUCCUCGCUCCGUUGGAAUGACGCCCUGUGGUCUCCUCCGUCCCGCGUGGUCCUUCAAUCGGGUGCCGCGGCCCUGUCCGGUUUGGCCACCCGCACUAAGUCUUCUCGGGCCUCGAUGCCGUGGGGGUGCCUCUUGAUUGGCUUCACUGGCUCGUCCUCUUGCUGCUGGGGCCUCUGUUGGCUUACCGCCCUGAAGCAGUGCUGUGCUAACACGUCCCGCCUCUUCUCGGGCCGUGUGGUGGAUUUCUUGCUUCCUGUCCUUAGCGCCGACCCCGCGGCUCCGGUCUUUGUCGCCCCUCUCCACCGCUCUCGCGCCAUGCCGUGGCUUCGGUCUUUGCUUGAUGAACACUGGAGGGCUAACACUGACACCGCCCCGCCUUCUGAACAUGCCCUGUACGGCGUGCACAGUUGCAAAGCUACUGUCCUUUCUUGGGCCCGGCAGCUCAAUUUGGUUAUUAAUCGAAUUCGGUCCGGGUACAGGCCACUUCAGCCGGUUGCCAGAGAUUACACGGCCCGGUCACGCACUCCUCCCCCCAGCCCUGCGGCCUCACGCAAUGAUUCCACCGACACAGAUCUCUCCGACGACAGCUCGGGCUCCGCGCGUGGAUCCGAUGGUUACCCUGGAUUCCCGCCCCGCCCGGCUGCCGAUGCUACUGGCGCGCUGCUGCUUCCGGCCGCUUUGGACCUUCGGGAUUUGGAAGAUCUCACUGAUGCCGAAAUCACCACGAUUCUCCGCCGCUGCUCUGUUGCCUUUCUCACUCGUCUCGCCCGACUUUGCGUCCGCAUCGUCCGUGCCGAGCCAGAGGUGAUCUACUGCCAGGCCCACUUUGUAGACUGUAUUGGGAUUCUUUGGACUUGUGCGGAUAUGUCGUCCGCCCCGCCUGCUUUUGAUGAUCCGUUGGCCUUGUCCGCCUUGCUUGCCAAAUGGACUGCUCCGGAUACUCUCCAUCCGCUGCUGGUCGCGAAAGGGUUCCGCACCAUUGCUUCUAUUGCCUAUGCCAUUCCGGGGGAUGGCAGCCCGGAUGACUUUCUGCGCGUGCUGUGGCCACCCUCCGACCCGAAUAACCCUACGACUUUGGUUACACCGGAGGCAUCCUUUGCCCGUCGUCUUCUGGUCCAGUCCCGUGAUUUGGUGCAUCCACCAGCGUCCUCGGCUGGCCCGGCCGCGGCUACCAUCCCGUCCGUGCCCCCGCCCAAGAUCACGGCCGAGAAUGCUGAAACCCUCCGUGCCAAGUUUAUUGACUCGUAUCCUGGAGAAUUGCUGUCUCCUGCUUCCACACCCUCCGUUGAGUUUCUGAACCGACUCCGGGCCGAAUUGGACAAGCCUACCACUCUCUGGGUGCCGUGGCGCCUGCGCACAUCUGAGCAUGACCUGCAGACGUUUUACGAGAACCGACGGCCCCGCUCAGAUGGCCAGCUCCUUCGGCACUUGCUUGAUGGUGUCCCCGAACCCGUUACUGCUCAGGCCCCUGCACACACGUCUGGUCCGGUGGAACCGGCCUUGAGGCGACACCUCGGUCUCCUCAUCACUGCCCUGGCUUUCUUGGGCGAUCUUCACCUCAAGCUCGGCAAAGCAUACGCCGAAAGUUUCAUUGCCGCCGCCACGGCUGCUCCACUGGACCCGUCGCUCCGCCCCCCUUCCAUGCAGGAGGUUCUCGCCGCUGACAAGGCGGUCUGGGGUGCCAUAGCUGGUCUCAUGAGGGAUGAGAAAUUUUCACUGGCGGAUGCACUGCAGGAGAUCACCGUCACUAGGCUGGCAGCUCCCGCCCCGCCUUCCGUGGACAGUGCCGUUGUUGCGCAAACGGUUGAUGAAGCCUGUAUUGUGGACUCUUCAAGUUCUGAUGGCUCCGUUGCUGAGGUUGAGACCGCUGCGCGCCAACCGUCUUUUCGCCAACCUGGCUUGCAACGAUCGCGCUCACCAAAGCGGCCCAAGCUGGGCUACUCCUUUUCUUAUGUCCGGCCUUCCAUUCCUUUGGGACGCAAACUCGGCAGCGCUCCCCACCCGUGUGCUGGGCGUGAGGCGGGCACCGCUCCACCCGCUUCCGCCCCCCAGCCCGCCCCCACAUGCCCGGAGCCAACCGCUCCUCUUCCGGCCCUGUUCCUCGAUUUGUUCUCAGGUGCGGCCGCCCCACUCAGCAAGGCACUCGGUGAUCUGGGCUGUGACCGUAUCGCCCCGGUGGAUGCCUUAUUCGGUGAACAGAUUGACGUUCUGGAUGCAGUCCAUCAGGAAUCCCUCAAGCGCCUCUGCUGCUCCGGCCUGGUUCGCGUACUUUGUGCUGGCCCUCCUUGCUCCAGCUUUAGUCGGGCUCGCUUGCGUUUUGGGGGACCCGCGCCGGUCCGUACCCCUAAAUACCCCCAGGGAAUCCCUAGACCCAGCCCUAAGCAGCAGUCUGAACUUGAGGUUUCGGACCGCCUCCACAGUUUCACGCGUGAACUGCUCUCUCUCGUUCUUAUCAAUGGGGGCAUUGCUAUCUUGGAAAAUCCGUCCACAAGCCUGCUCUGGCAUCACCCGAGCUGCACGUCUUGGAUUCGCCAUCACUGCCUUUCCGCCGUGGAGGUUGCCGCCUGCAAUCACGGCCUGGAUGUUUUCAAAUCAUGGACUUUUGUCUCCAACCUCUCAGACCUGUCCGGCCUCGCGUCUUCUUGCCAACAUCCCAAAGGCGUUCAUUCCCCCAUCUCUGGCCGCCGUGACUCUUCCGGCCAGUUUCUCACCCGGCAUACUGCGUGUUACCCUGCAUCUCUGUGUUCACGCCUGGCCUCCAUCCUCGACCCGCUGCUUUCGCGACAUGUGGGAGUGAUUCCGUUUCUGAGCUGGGAAACGCGUCUCCUGGCACCAAAGCUGCACUGGCCUAUCCCAGCUUCUCGGGUCGAGGACGGUGCUGGGUCUUGCUCUACCGGAUCCUGGUCCGUGCCUCAAGGGGAGGAUUCCUUCAGGUUGCUGCGUCAGGCCUGGAUGCAGCGAAUUACCCGUCCGGAAUUCCUCGGGAAAUUCCGUGCAAACCUGGCGUCCGGCUCCAAAGACCCUCCGUUGUCUGAUGUUGACUUACGUCCCUUCCUUGAGGACCUGCGAUCCUUUUUGAGGUUAUCCGAGAAGGAGUUCGAAACCCUCCUGUGUGUUCCUCCUGGCCAACCCUUCCGUUUAUUCUUGCUCGAAGCCCUGCUGGAGGUUUCCAGGGACCCGGACAUAUCAUUCAUUGACCUGUUGGUCGAGGGCGUUCCGCUGGGGGUUGAUGAAGCCAUGUCCUCUUGUCCCGCACUUUUUCCGCCCUCCGCACCUGUGUCUCCCAAGGUCCCACUUCAGCAUUGUGAGUCUGCUUGCAUGGGGCUCCGCUCUUUCUGA